AUGGAUACUUCUUUCUUCUCCGUGCUGGUCCUCAUCUUCAUCAUCAGCACCGAGUGCAGGCCGGAGCCUCAGACCCGCGAUGUCAAGGCCAUGACUGCACUGUUCGGCUCUCGACUCUCCUCGCUCCUCAUGGAGCACCCGUCCCCGUCCGAGGGCUCGGCGGACGGCCUGUUAGAAUCCCCGGCCGAGAAGCGGGAGGAGUGGGCGUCUGCGGGGACGGCGCGCUUCCUCGCCGACGUCCUGCGGCGGCAUGCCAAGAUGAGGAGGCGCGGCGGGAAACUGACAGCACUCGGGGGACGCGGAUGCUUCGGCAUGAAGAUGGAUCGCAUCGGCGCCGUCAGCCGACUCGGAUGCUGA